UAUCAAUACGUAGUAGUAUCGUCGUAUCAAAGGACCAUCAGGACCUACCUACCCAUGUGCAUCAGGCUGGUUAGCUAUUUUGAUACAUCUCACACACCAACCUCGGCUUUCCUUUUAUCGUUUACCUCAUCAAUCGUGAUAUACCUGGUGUAUACUACUCUACUUCCCUGCUUUACAUCUGUUUUAUCUGACGAGUAUAAGCUGUUGAAUGUCCUCACACAGUCACACUCUUUAGACACUUCUAUGUUUUGUUCUAACAUUACUCACUCGCUCAAUAACAUUCAUCAAUUUUGUCAUUGGAAUCUUUGAUAAAAUCUAAAAUCAUCCCACAUCCACACUUCUCAACGAUGUCAAACAACACAGAAGGGCAAGAUGCCCAACAACAAUCUGCUAAUCAACAUGGAUUUGGAAACCUCAAUCUUUCAAUCGUUGGAUUGGGAGUCGAAUAUCCUCCAUUCUUACUGGAGCCUUCAGAUUUAGAUACUUUAACCAAACGUCACUAUCCUGACUCUCCAGCAAUGAAAAAAGUCUGCACAAUCAAUAAUUUUACCGGCAUCGAAACCCGCUCCGCAAUCGGUACCGUCGACCACCCCAUGGCGAACAUGGACCGCGCCCCCACAAUCACCGAACUGUGUUCCAUCUUCCUCAAAGAUGGCGUUGCCCUCGCCGUAACCGCCUGUCGCAAAGCUCUCCACGAAGCCCAUCUCCUCCCUUCCGACAUCACCCACGUAGUCAGCACAACAUGUACCAAUAGCGCUAAUCCCGGGUACGAUCAUUUCGUGUGCAAAGCUCUAGGAAUAACACAACCGGUUGAAAAAGUUCUGCUCCAUGGAAUCGGAUGUAGUGGUGGUUUGGCAAGUUUACGAACCGCGGCAAACUUAGCACUGGGACAUAGUUUUCGAGGGAAAAAAGCAAGAGUUUUGGUCAUGGCGUUGGAAAUCAGUUCUUUAUUGGUAAGAAGUGAAUUGGAUAGUGUACAUGAAUUGCAGGAGACGAGAAUUGGUGUUACGCUCUUUAGCGAUUGUGCGAGCGCGUGUGUGCUCAGUAAUGGGAUUGGUGGGACGGGAGAGGAGGAAAGUGUUUAUGAUUUGUUGGGCUGGGAACACAAGAUGAUUCCAGAUACUGAACAUGAUCUAGGGUUUGAUGUUGAUCCGCUUGGCUGGAAAGUAAUCCUCUCUCCACGCGUCCCUAAACUAGCUGCCGAAGCCGUAUCACCCAGCUACCAUUCCCUGAUUUCCAAUCUCCCCUCCCUCCCCUCUGAAUACCGCAGUCCCUCUGACUUCGACUGGGCACUCCACCCUGGCGGCGCCACCAUUCUCACCGGCGUUGAAAAAGCCAUGUCCAUCUCCCCCGAACACAUGCGGGCUUCCUACGAUACCUACAUGAAACACGGUAAUUCCUCCAGUGCCACAAUUUUUAGCGUUUUAGAUCGUUUACGCUGUAAAGACAUGGAUGGUCUUACACCCAAUAGCAGGGGACCCAAAGAAAUGAUCGUAGGAUGUGCAUUUGGUCCCGGUAUCGCGGUGGAAAUGUGCAUGUUGAAGAGGAAUUUACAUCAUGUGAAACGAAAGUGGGAUGGCGGGGUACAGAGCGGGGUAGGUGGGGAAGUUACACCGCCUUUGACGGAGAGUGAGGGGACGAGGAGUGUGGGUGAGAGUGAGGGGGAGGUGGAAGUAGAGGAUUUGCGGAAGGUAAAAGAGGAGGGGGAGAAGUUGGAUCAGAAAUUAAAGAUGGUGGAGCCGGGGGUUUUGGAGCAGAAUGCAAAGUUGGGGGAAGAGGGGAAGGGAAAUGAGAAUGAGACAUUGGACAGUUUGGAAGAGGCGAUGGAUGGAGUUGGGCUGGAUUGAGAGAUGAGGAAUAACCAAUGUGGAAAAUAAUGAUGAUGGGGAGUUCGGAUGAUAUAUAAGAUGCAUGGGUAACGAAAAAGCUGAUUGUGUUUUGGGGGUGGGGGCUAGCAUGUCAGUCAGAGUCGAAUUCAGAGUCAAUGAAUAUUAGACUACAGACAGCGUGCAGAUAGAUAGAUAUCUUGAAAUAGACUUCUUUACAGCGAG